UUUAUCACAUAACCGGGUAAGUUAACCCAGGGUUUGCGGUAACCCGAGGUUUUCCGUUCCAAAAGGAUCACGGUAUGUUAGUUGCUAUAGCAACAUAUGCUCUGAAUCAAACCUGGUCGGUGCAGGUUUUGCACAGGUUAAGUUCAAAGAUAACCCGGUUUUGCUCAGGGUAUUUAAACCCGCGUUCACCACAGCUUUUACGUGAUCACAAUGGCAUGCCCUUUUGACGAGAGGCCGAUUGAUAUCGGAGCGCAAAUAAUUCGUGCCAUUCACAGAGAGAGAUUAAUUAGACCACGGCUCGACAUAUUGUCCUUUCCGGAGGACUUUUUGCUGGAGAGAUAUCGUUUUUCACGUGGUUCUUUGCUUUAUUUAAAUAACCUUCUCCAACCAUACAUUGCAAAUGUUACCAAUCGUGCAUCUGCCCUCAGUCCACUCCAAACAAUUUGCACAGCUCUCCGUUUUUUUGCGACGGGAAGCUUUUUGUACAGCGUAGGAGAUGCUGAGCACAUAGGCAAAGCCACGGUCUGCCGCUCAGUACGUAAAGUUUGUCUUGCGCUGAAGCGGUUGUUGCGGAACUUCAUCGUAUUUCCAGGCCAUAAACCCACGAGACGCAUGAAAAUGGAGUUUCACCAACUUGCAGGAUUUCCAAAUGUAAUUGGGUGCAUUGAUGGCACACAAGUGCCCAUACUGGCCCCAUCUAUAAAUGAGGCAGAUUAUGUGAACAGGAAAGGCUAUCACAGUAUAAAUGUUCAGAUGAUAUGUGAUGCUUCCCACAUGAUCACCAAUGUAGAGGCAAAAUGGCCUGGUUCAGCCCAUGAUGCAAGGAUGUAUCGUGAAUCCAAUUUGAGCCGUAAAUUUCAAGAGGGGCAAUUCGAUGGGUGGAUCCUAGGAGAUCGAGGGUAUCCAUGCCUCCCGACGCUCAUCACCCCGUACCCUAAUCCCGCUCCUGGACCACAGACUACAUUAAACCGGGCACACAGCAGAACCCGCGUUAAGAUUGAAAACACAUUUGGGAUAUUGAAGUCCAGAUUUCAAUGCCUACGUGGACUAAGAGUUUGUCCGGAACGGGCAUGCGACAUAAUUGUUGCAUGCGCCGUCCUCCACAAUAUCGCCACCCUGCGCAAAGAGAUGCCUCCCCCCUUUGACCCGUUCCUCGAGGAGGAACACAUUCCCCAAAUGGAUUCAAGGGCUGGACAAAGGAUGCGGGAACACAUUUGCCAAAAUCACUUCAAUUAA